GACUAUCGUAGAGUGGCCAAUGAUCGAACAAAAUGCCAAUAUUAUCUGCCAAGUUCUUACUAAAUUAAUGGAAACUUUGUAUAUGUCAUGAAAACUUUCGGCCAAAACAUUAGAAUUAAACUAGGGGACUUAUACUUCAUCAUAUAUCUCAACCAAUAUAAUCGUUUAGUCAUAUAAACGUCCAAGGAAUUCUACUAGCUAUGAAAUUUUAAAGUUUAUAAAUUGAUAAUUCAGAAAUUGAUGAAAUUAGAGUAUGUGUCACCAAAAAUUAGUUUUUAUGAUCCCCAAAACUCAAAAUGCAUUUUAAGGCUCAAAUUAUUGUUGAUCAGUUUGAUAGUUUUGUGAUCUAUCUUUAACUUGAUUAGUAUAGUAUUUGAGAGAUUGAAAUGGAAUAUUAUUCAAAAAGGUUAAUCUCCUAUCCUACUCACCAUAGGCCUUCAUGAUGCUCAUAAUCAUUGCCUCUUCAAUGAUUAAAAGCUCUUUUGAUUCCGAGCUUUACACAUCAUCGAUCAUCACUCACUCAGUUCUUCUUCUACUUAUAAAGCCACGUUCAAGAACUUGCAAAUUAUAGAACCAAACUUUGAUAACUAAAUCAAAUCCGAAAGACAUAAAAACAAGAAGGAAUUAUGGUAAGAAGAAACACAGUUCAUGCCAUUUCAAGUCUUCCGUCGAGGUACUUGUGGCCGCAGCAACGAAGGAAAGGAAAACGAGUCGUCGUGCGGUUAGGUAACCGGCGACGAGGGUUCUUUGUGGGGCCACCGCGGAUGGUGGUGCAGAGAUGGAGGAUGAACAUCGGAAAGCCGAUGAAGAUGAUGAGAAGUAUCAUUUUGGGGAUACUCUCAAAUGGUGGAAAUGUUAAGUUCUUAGAUGCUUAUCUUUGGUCUUUACCAAUCUUACGUCCUCAGUUGUUUCCGCUAUGUUGAUUUGUUGUGAUACCAAUUUCUACUUGUGAAACUGUAAUAUUUAUCUUGUUCUUA